AUGGCAUCAAACGUGAACUCGCGCAAUCAGUCAUUCAAGCUCGACAAACUGUUCGACGUCUCUAACAAAGUGGCCCUCGUGACGGGCGGCGGCAGCGGCAUCGGGCUGAUGAUCACGCAGGCGCUGGCGACCAACGGGGCCAAAGUCUACAUCUGCGGACGGACCGAGGAGAAGCUCGAGCGGGUGGCCGAGCUGUACGGCCAGGACAUCCCCGGCCAGAUCAUCCCCGUGACGGCGGACGUGUCGCAGAAGGACGACAUCAAGAGACUCGUGGGCGAGAUCUCGUCCAAGGAGAAGUGCCUGUGCAUCCUGGUCAACAACGCGGGCAUCUCGCUCAACACGCAGCAGACCGAGGCGUCGUCGGCCGAGGAGAUGUCCCAGAACCUGUUCGACGACGCCGACGAGACGUUCGACAUGUGGACCGACACGUACCGGACCAACGUGCCGCAGCUGUUCUUCAUGACGACGGCCUUCCUGCCGCUCCUGCAGGCCGCGCACGAGCACAACGACAACUUCUCCGGCACCGUCAUCAACAUCACCUCCAUCUCGGGCAUCGUCAAGACGGCCCAGCACCACUUCGCCUACAACGCGUCCAAGGCCGCCGCGAACCACCUCUCGGUCAUGCUGGCCAACGAGGUCGCCCAGAACGGGCUCAAGGUCCGCAUCAACAGCAUCGCCCCGGGCGUCUUCCCCAGCGAGAUGACCGCCGGCGACAGCGGCGGCGACCAAAAGUCCCACAUCCCCCGCGAAAAGUACGAGAGCAAGGUCCCCGCCCGCCGGCCGGGGGAGGACCACGACAUGGCCAACGCCAUCCUCUUCGCCGCCACCAACCAGUACCUGAACGGCCAGACCGUCGCCGUGGAUGGCGGCUAUAUCCUCAGUGCCGGCAGUGGGCCGUAG